AAAUAAUUAUUAUAAUUCAUUAAUUAUUAUAAACUUCUUCUAAUAGAGAGAGAGAGAGAAGUGAAGAAUCAGAAUGAAUCUCAACCCCGAAAGAAAUUAUUAUGAAAGGAAGAAGAGCCACGUGUCCCGGGUCACCUACAUCAUUGCGUUGACGAAGGAAAUCGAUGACAAAAUUCUCUGGCGCAACGCACUUGAAGUGUAUGAUAAUGUACGCGGAAAGAAUGUGUUGGUCACGCCAAAAUUGAUAGACACCGAUACAAGCGGAGCGCAACGGAAGUUUCGCAGCAUUAACACCUUCGCCGAGGAAGAAGUUAAACGAAUGACAAAGACUUCCAGCGCACAAAGCAUUAAUACUCAUAGGAUAAGUAUCGGUUCGGUGAAGGCCAAGUCUAGCACUCGACUCGGAUUGAAGCUAUCACUAGACGAAAUAAUAGCAGCGAUUGCUUCAACCGGUUCCAUUCAUGAGCACCGAUUCGCUAGGGGCUCAGUUGCUCUGAAGAAAUUUCAUUUACCUUUUGUUAGUGUAAUUUUACGUAAAUCGGAAGAGUUUGUACUCUUCACCCAAAACAGUUUCACUGUACCGAAAGAUACAGAAGAAGCUGAAGCUGUGGAGCAUGACAACCGUAUAUACGAUCAUCUCACCGUUGGUAAGGGCAAAGUACGUCGGCGUUCCGAAGCUGAAACGCAGACUACAGAUGUAAUGGUGAAGACACGCAAUGUAAACACGGUUAUGAGAAAAAUUGGUGAGAAAGCGACAUAUGUCUCAUUCUACGAAAUGUUCGACACCUAUCAGCAAUUGCUAAAAAUGCCAUUAGACUUAAAGGGCCUAAGGCAUACACAGAGCUCCGGUGUUUUAGAGACACUAGCCAAGAGUACGCAAUUUUCUUACGCCGCCAUGGUAGUGGAACGCAUCUUGGCCGGUAACUUCUAUAAUGAGGGCCAACGACGUUUCCGAAACAUGAAAGUACCGACUAAAAUGGACACAUUCGCGGAGUACACGUACACAGUGAACUUACUCUAUCGAAUGAAUCAGCCCACUUUUCGAACACAUCAAGACAAUCGACGUAAGGCGAUCGCGGCUCUGAGUUUCUGUCAUGGUAAUGGUGAUUUGUUAGCCGUCGCUUAUGGCUUCUACUCGGACGCGGCAAAGGUGAGUGUGCCUAAUGGCAAUGUCUGCAUUUGGAGCAUAAAGAAUCCACGAAAUCCGGAGCGCAUCUACAAUUAUUCCGUGCCUGUGUCAGCUGUUGAGUUUUCACCGUAUUUGCCCUUCCUAAUCGCCAUUGGCCUAUUCGAUGGUACAGUACACGUACGCAAUAUAACAAAGCCCUACGAUCCGCCUGUGGCAGUUUCACAACGUACUGUCUUGAUGAGCUGCGAACCGAUUACUUCGAUACAAUGGAUACGCCAAACGCAAGAGGAUACCAUCGAAGCAGAUCCAUUUCUGGCGCUAACACGUGAUGGCAAAGUGGGUAAAUUUCGUAUUAUUUCAAGUCCAUAUUUGUUGGGUAUGCGCCAGAUGGAGUUGUUGCGCAUGGAAGGCAAUCCGGAGGGAUUGCAACUUAAAGCCUUUAGAAUAUCAGAAAACGUUACUUACCAAGCGAGCCGUAAUGCAAAUGGCUUGCAUCUUGUAAUGCAUCCAGUGCAAGAGGAUAUCUAUUACAUACUCACCGAUGAAGGUUGCAUACAGAAGUGUUCGCUCAAUCACACGCAUAAUUAUUUGGAGGUACUGAAGGUGCACGAUGGUGCAGUUAAUCACAUGGAUUUCUCACCUUGGUCUCCCAAGCUCUUUCUGACCUGCGGUAAUGAUUGGACCAUUCGCAUUUGGUUGGAGGGCAUCUAUCAACCGCUCAUAACACUUUCUGAUACUUACGAGCCAAUACAUUGUGCCAUGUGGAGUCGGACACACUCAACUGUUAUUAUAGCAAUCAACCGUGAUACUGCAGACAUUUGGGACUUACGUCGUAAUCUGUUGGCACCGAUAUCGAAGAAAAACAUCGAUAAAUCAUUUCAUACAUUGGCCAAAUUGAGCCUAUGCGGCCGCUCGCUAGCUCUUGGUAAUGAGCGCGGCAAUGUGUUGAUGUGUAGCUUUGAGAAUAUGCCCUUUCAGUCGCAUAAUCAAUAUGACGAGCUGGAGAAAGCGAUUUACAAUGCCAUUAAAUUAUCACCAACUCUCAUGAAAGAUUUGAAAAAUAUUGGCUACUUUGGUUAUGAGAUGUUACAAAAACGUCGUUGGAAAACCGCAAACCCUAAGCCCAAAGCCAACUGAUAACCGUUUUAAUUUGUACUUAAAAAUAUACAUGCAGUUUUGUUGUUAUCAGGAAAUAUUUAAUAUUAUUGCCUAAAGGAGAAGUUAAAGUA